AUGUCCGUCACGAGUAAUGGCGCUGCGGCAACAUCGUCUGCCAACCGUUUUGAGCUUCCAGCUCUGGAUUUCAAAUUUGGCUCCCUAACCGACGGGACCGAUAUUCCGCCGCCACCUCCGUCGCCUCCGUCGCCUAAGGAAGAGGUACCGUCACCCAAGGUAGAGGUUCCAUUGCCCAAGGAAGAGGUUCCGUCGCCCCCAAAGACACCACUCCGGGAAGAGGUCGAGAAGAAGCAGGAAACAAAUGGUGCUGCUAAUGGUCACGGUACAUUCCCUAACAAACCUGAACUUGACACUAUCACGACCAAUGUCGGCACAAAGCGCCCAGCAGAAGAUGGUCCCGCGUCCCCCGUGCCGUCAAAUCGUGGAAGCCUUAGACGCCUGCUUAGCAGAACAUUAUUGAACAAUGCUUACGAUGAACAAGGAUCAUUUCUUAGCCCUGGUACUUCGAGACCUCCGAGCCGGACAGCAAGUACGAUUGCGGAAGAGAAAAAGUCGAAGCGCGCCAGCGGUUGGUUUAAACGGUUACGAUCGAACGACACUGCCAAGAGGGCCAGUCAUGUAUUCGAACACCCGAUCGAGGAACCCAAGAAACCGGCCGGCCCCCCGCCGCCGAUGAUUCCGGAGCUGAGCGCCCUUAAAACUAAAGUCGAUACUCAUCUCGGCGAUGACCUAUUUAAGGGAAUCAAAUAG